GAUGAUUCGAAAUGAUGCAGCAUGACGAAAACAACAGUGACAUGGUCAAUCCCAGCUUAUAUCUUAGAGAUACCAUGUAAAACUGAAUGAUUAGGUACAGAAGCCAAAUACGAUGAAAUAUGCAGCAUUCCGAAUUACUCUUGAAACGACUUGCGAGUUUUCAUCUCAUACUCGAAGCUCCUUCCAACUCCCUUAUUAUUAACUUCCCCUCUCGAGUUUUCGCGCACCGCUCCAUCUUGUCGAGUCAUGUACGGUAGUUUGCGAUGACCAACCUGGCUCUCCUCGAGAGCAGUCAAGCUUCGUUGGGUGAGCUCCCGCUUUCGAUGAAAGGUAGCACUGAGCUGCUUGACAUGAUGAGGGGGGCUCUUUUGUCGGAUGGCACCGUGUCGGCGAAGAGGUGGAGUAAGAAAGAGUGGGGAAAUAAGGUCGUCGUUGUUGUCUUGCGUCCUAGAGUCUGACGUUGUCGAAAAUAUAGCUUUCUGUGAUCUUGCUUUGUUAAUUGAAAUCAAAAGUCGUCGCGUCUUGGGCCGUACGCCCUCACGAAUGACUACAAGUUCCUCUUUUUGCCGGUUGUGGUAUCUCUGGUCUUUUAUUUCACUACCUAGCUGAUCCUCAGGAUCGUAGGAGGCG